CUCGCAACCAUGGGUGAUUCUAACAUAUUACUAGACGCCAAAAUUACCCCCAUCCCUGUCUUGGUAGACGAGAAGGCUUCAAAUACACCAGACCGAACCUUCGCCAUCAUCCCAAAGACAGCUAACAUCAACGAUGGGUUUCGUGACUAUAAAUAUAGCGAGCUUGCUCAGGCGGGCAAUAAGAUGUCCUGGUGGCUAGAAAAAGAACUCGAAAAGUCUGUCAUUCCAGAAACUCUUGCCUACAUGGGGGCUCCUGAUUUGAGAUACACCUUUCUGUAUCUCGCUACACAAAAGACCCGGCGCCCAGUGAGUGCAUCUAGAUGUAUAUUCUUUGAAAGACAUCAGCUGAUAAAUUAUAGCUUUUAUUUCCCCUGAACCAAAAUUCGAGAGCAGGACAUCUGGGCAUUCUUACCGCGAUUGGCUGCAAAACAUUGCUGGCUUCCCAAGAUCAAAUCGAAUUAUGGAAUGCCCUUCACCCUGAAAUUGACACGUUCAAAGUCCUCGUGGUACCGGAGCUCGAGUAUUUCUUGAAAGUCGAAGAAACUAAGGAAUACCCUUACAACUUUAGUUGGCAAGAUGUGAAAGACGAUGUAGGAAUUAUACUUCAUACAUCGGGUUCCACAGGUAAGUCCUAUCAAAAGAAUGCGACGGCGAGUUCUAACAUGAGUAGGUUUACCAAAGCCUAUCAAAUAUACAAAUCACAUGCUCUCCAUCUUUGCUACUGAUAGUGGAGACUUGGCAACUAUGUUUGAGGGGUUGAGAACAUUCGUUCCCCUGCCACCUUCUUGGGGCUUGGGGGUGGCGUUCCAUAUGAUUAUGUCAAUACAAUUUGGAACAAUCCCGAUCUCUCUUCCAACCGACUCUCCGCAGCCAUUGACAGCAGAGUACGUUGACAAAGUACACACUUCGGUUCAAGCUGAAGCAGGGGUGUAUAUACCAUAUGUUUUAGAGCAGCUUUCGAAAACGCCGGAGUACCUUGAGCACAUGAAAGGUUUAAAAUACAUCGGUUAUGGUGGUGCUCCCCUUUCUCGUGAAAUUGGCGACAUUUUUGCCAAGUUUACUCACGUCCAGCCUAUUAUGGGAUCUACUGAAGCUGGUUCUUGGGGAUUACGGAAAUCCGAUCCCAAAGACUGGAUCUACUACGACUUUGAUCCCUCUUCCGGCUUCCAGUUCCAUAAAUUUCAAGAUGACUUGUAUGAAAGCGUGAUUGUCAAGCACAAGGAUCCAGAGAUGGCCAAGCGACAGUUGGUUUUCUAUGUUUUUCCGGAUCUUGAGGAGUUUCAUACCAAGGAUAUCUGGAAAGAGCAUGAGACGAAGAAAGGAUUGUGGCAAUAUGCGGGCAGGAUGGAUGAUUUCGUCAAGUUGAGCUCAUUGACAAAGUUCAAUGCAACACAUGUAAGUGCCCAAUUUCUUUGCGCAGCAUAUUGUUUUAGGGUACACAUUAUGGUUUGAAUAUUGUUUCAACUCAAAGUUCAGACCUAUGCAGGGCAAUUCCAUUUGUUUUUACCUAUUUCUCAAGAAUCAUAUUGAUUCCGAGUCCCUGCAGGUUGAAGGAUUGAUUUUGAAGGACCCCAGAGUCACUGGCGCUAUCAUGGGCGGCGAUGGGCAAAUGAGACCAUUUCUACUGCUUGAACUUGCAGAUAACUCAGCACAUGAGACGAUUGACAGUUUAUGGCCAACGAUUGAAGCAGCCAACGAUUCAUUGUCGGCUGAAAUUCAACUACAGAAGAACAUGGUUCUGCUCACAAAAGAGGGGAAGCGAAUGAAACGUGGAUUCAAAGGACUCCCAAAACGCAGGGAGACACUUUUGGAUUAUGCAAAGGAGAUCGAAAACUUAUAUUAA